ACCAACGAAAGGUCCAGUGUUGACAAUCUUAUGUGUUCCUUGUAAUUAAUAUCGUACAAGACAUUGUGGUAAUUUUCCUGUACGACUCACUCAACUUCAAGUUUACACAACAAUGGGUGAAGUCUGGAGCUUCCUUACAAAUCAUAUUUAUUUACCAAUACUUGGUGGUGUACUGCUCUUGGCUGUAGUUUGUCUUCUCGUUGUCUGGCUGGUUUGUAAAUGGCGUAACUCGCGCAAUUAUGACUAUUCUGCGUUGGAGCACGAGAUGGGGUUGUCAGAAAGACUUCGAAUUGAGAGAGAGCAGCAGUAUGAAGCCAAACGGGAGAGUGCCUUGUUGAAUUGUCAGUUUUAUUUACGAUCCAUGGCUGGUCAGUAUACAAUGGUGGAACAGUUACCUAAUAUAGGAACUCGCGUCAACAAGGAUUGGUUUCUUGUUCAAGACAAACGAAGCAAAAGUACUAAACUGUUGACCAUGAGCAUUAGAAGUUCAGGGUGUCCAAUUAAGCUGACUAAAACCAAUCGUAAAACAUUGAAAGAAAUGUUACAACUUAUACAUCAUCCCUAUCUUCUUCCCAUGGAUGAUGUAGAUUUUGUUGCUGAACAAGAUCUUAUUGUGGUAGUUCAACAUUAUAACCAUAAUGGUUCUCUAAAAGAUAUUAUUUACAAGUCUAAACCUUAUCAAGAUGUUGAAAACAAAUAUUCCACUGUUGGUUAUGGACUCUCAUUGUAUCAGAUACAGCUGUAUGGCAAACAAGUUCUUGAGGCACUGAUAUAUCUAGAUGACCAUGGAAUUAACAUCCAAGGGCAUGUGCAGUCUGGAAAUAUUAUAAUUGAAAAUGACACAUGCAGAUUAUGUGGUUAUGAAAAUAUAUUACUUGGCUUCACAGCUAGGUCACAUCAUGCUAUUCGGCGGCGACUGAGAGACGGCAAGGAUGGAGGAGACCGACUUGCCUUCGGUAUGUUACUAUAUGAGAUGUGUGCAGGGUGUGAGCUAGAUACUGCUGAUCCAACUGAGAGGCAUUUAUUGAAGUGUCAACACUGCCCUGAUUUAAUUCAGAUUUUAGAAUUUAUAUUUUACAAUGAAAAAGGAAAAAUCCCAGCAUUUUAUAAGAUCCGAAAUCACAGUUUUUUCAAAGAUGUUAGACUACUUCAGCUGGAAAGGAACAGACCACCCCCCAUGCAUUUCAGUUCAAACAUGAAAUCACUAAUAAAACAAAGUCAAGGCAAAAAGAAAGGUGCUAAGUUAAAGCCAAAAGAUAGCAGACACCAAGCCUCUUCCAACCCAGAAGAUAUGGUUUCUACUCCACCAAAGUUAGCAGAAUUUCUACAUACAUCUGGACCAGCUUAUACUUCACCACCAUCUGCUCCAGUGCCACUUCAACCAGAUUCAGGACAUAUCCAGAAGAGGUCAUCAGCACCAACAGAAAGAAGUGCCUUGUUGAGAUCAAUAGAGAAGGGAACUAAAUUGAAAAAAACUUACACCAGAUUUGAUCCCAGAGUAUGAUCAGUAUCCACUGAUUUGAAUUGAGGUGACCCAUUUAAAUUUAACCUUCAGAGUAUGAUCAGUAUCCACUGAUUUGAUUUGAGGUGACCCAUUUAAAUUGAACCUUCAGAGUAUGAUCAGUAUCCACUGAUUUGAUUUGAGGUGACCCAUUUAAAUUGAACCUUCAGAGUAUGAUCAGUAUCCACUGAUUUGAAUUGAGGUGACCCAUUUAAAUUUAACCUUCGGAGUAUGUUCAGUAUCCACUGAUUUGAUUUGAGGUGACCCAUUUAAAUUGAACCUUUUCACCAACAGGCUUCUUGCCCCAAUUUUUUGCACUUUUUUACUCAAAACAUUUGGCUAUUUUUGUCCCAAUCUUUCGAAGGACAGACAAUAAACAGAACUAUUUUGUGAAUUUGUGAUGAAAAGAGAAAACUAAUGGUGAAAAGGUUAAUAGAUCUGUCACUUAAAGGGGCAUAAUCUGCUUUUGCACCAUUUGUUUACAUUUUCAAUACAAGCAAUAAUGAGCCAAAAUUACCACUGUAGUAUCAAAUGAAUGAACACCUGGUUUUAUACCUUGUAUAACAUCAAUCUGAUUAAAAUCUGAUGUAGUGUACGGGCUGUAAUUAUUUUGGCUAUAAACUUGUUUUAAUUUUAUUUUGUAUUACUUUUGUUAUUAAUGCCCUUUUAUUUUACUUUGAUUUUGAUUUUUUUUAAUUCCGCCCUACCUACAUCUGAUCCGACGCCUAUGUAAGUCCCGUUCAAAUCUCGCGUAAGUAACAGCCAAUCACAGUCCCCCUUUUAUACAGGCUGUCGGUUGCUUACUUUUCAGUGUAUACGGGCAAUCUUUCUGUACAUUUAUA